AUGGUUCGGACAAAUAUUUUAAAGCAAGUUAACAAGUCAGGACAAUUUGCUGUAAUAAUUGACACUACUACUGACGUAUCUAAUCAAGAACAAUUUACUGUCAUUUUAAGAUAUAUUGACGAAGGGAAACCUCAAGAGCGUUUGGUUGCAUUGGAAACUGCUGCUGAUUCUACAGGCCUAGGUAUGUUUAAAAUGUUUUGUAGCAUUACAGAAAAACAUAAUAUCAAAUGGAAAACACAGAUGAUUGCUCAAACAUAUGAUUGUGCUGCCUCUAUGCAAGGCAAAUACAGUGGAUUAAAAACACGUAUACAGGUGGAGAAUCCACGAGCAAUGUUUACUUGGUGUUUCGCUCACAAAUUAAACUUAGUUAUUGUUGAUACAUGCGAUUGCUGCAUUAACACCAAAACCUUUUUUGGUGAUGUUGGUGCUUUAAUUGAAUUUAUGCGAGCUAGAAAACGAACAGCUGCAUGUGUGGAAUGUCAAAAAAUACUAAAUCCAAAAGAACAAAAACGUCGCAUAAAACGUUUUUCUAAUACAAGGUGGAUAUCACAUGACCGAGCUUUGGUUGUCAUUCAAGAAAAAUACCCUGCUCUACUGAAAGCAUUGGAAAAUAUUUCAAAAGCAAAUGAUUCAGAUCGUGAUACAACUUCAAUGGCCAAAAACUUAAUCUCGGUUAUAACAUCAUUCCAGUUUGUCUUGGUUUUGGUUUUGAUGAGAAAAAUAUUUUCGAUUUCCACUGAAGUUUCAAAUUAUUUGCAAUCCAAGUCUAUUGACUUUAUGCAAGCUAUCAAAAUGGUGAAUGUUGCUAAGAAUAGAUUGAAAAUGGUGCGUACUGAUGAGGGAUGUACUGAAAUAAUUAAUACUGCUAAAGAAUUUGCUACUAAAAACAACCUUUUGCAAUGUGACUUCAAAGUGAUAAGAGCAAGAAAAAAAAAAAUUAUGCCUGGUGAACUAUCCAGAGAUGAAGUACUAUGUUCUCCUGCUGAUUUAUUUCGCUGUGAUGUCUGUUUCAAAGUUUUAGAUGCCAUUAUUACAUCAAUUGACAUUAGAUUUAAUGAUUCACAAGAAAUUCUUAAAGAUUUAAGCCUUCUCACUUCGGAACGUAUGUUAUCAAUCAAAACUAAAAAACAGUUGCCCGAUAAUGCAUUUCAACAGUUAUCAAAUUGGAUAAACAUUAAUACAACUAAAUUACAAUGUGAAUACUUAACAUUCAGUAACAGCUUAAAUGAUCUUUUUAAUGACACUAAUCCAACCUACACAAGUAAACCCGUAAACAAAGAAAGUGAAGGGACUGAUCAACCUCCUGAUAUUAGUUCAGAAAUUAGUGAUGAAUCUGAAAUUGAAGAAGCCAGUACAGCUAAUAUGUCUUGUUUAGACAUUUUGGGUCUUUUAUCAAGACACAACUUAAUUGCAGCAUUUCCAAACCUAUAUUUGGCAUAUAAAGCAUUGUGCAUCAUACCUGCAUCAUCUGCAUCUGCUGAACGGAGCUUUUCUAAAGUAAAAAUAGUCAAAACUAGGCUUCGGUCAAGUAUUGGGCAGAAUCGGUUGGAAAGUCUUCUAAUAUUAAGCUCUGAAAAAGAUAUUGAAAUUGAUCGUGAUGAAGCAAUUAACAUAUUCGCAAAUUCCUCAGAUCUCUUAAUGCAGAAUUUAUUGUUUAAAUAA